AUGCCACGUCGCAUUCCAGAUUAUCCAGAUGCUUAUGCCGGACGGAAUGGCCUUAGCACUCUCAACCUGUCUUCUCAAGAGGCGCGCUUAAGCCCUGGAGCGAGCCUCAAACAUGUUGAGCCCUUCGCCUUACUUAGCAGACGCUUUAGUGUUGUCAUCAGGGUCCAGAAGGCUAAAAGGUGGGGAGAAGGAAGCCGAACCUCUAAUCGACCUGGACACAUAAAUAAUUCUCGGUGUCGAAAGAGAUUUGAGAUUCCGUUGCAAGACUCACUUGAGAAAGGCACCGAGCAUGAAGAUGAAUAUAUGAUUAGCGAGAAGGAGCUCCUUGUCAAUAGAUUUAUUUCUAUUACAAAAGAUAUGGGUGCUUUCAAGUGUAGAGCUUUCGUUGCUUUAACAACAAUGCAGUAG